AUGGCUCCUACGGCGCCCCGGGCUGCGGCGACCCUGCCGACGCCUACGGCACCGCCUGCACAGGGGCUCUUCCGGGGUUUCACGCUCCAGCUCAACCCCCCGAAGGCCGGCUCGCUGGCUGGCGCCAGAAAGAGGGGGAGGGCUGAUUCGCCCCCUAUCGCGUCGGGCAAGAGGGCGCGCACGCAGGCCGGCAGCAGCACUGACCCGGCUGACGUGAGGGCCAGCGGCGCUGCUGAUGCGCCUGCCGCCGACCCGGCCCCGAUGGAGAUGGCGCCGACAACAGGCCCGAUCGUGCCCCCUCCGGGAGCGGGUGAUGUGGUGAUUGACCUGGACCUCGUCGCUGGGAUGGCGGAGGAACCGGAGGUAGCUCCCGCGCCAAGCCCCACCACGCCAACCGCAGCAGCGGCGGCAACCACUGCCGUCCCCGAAGCGGCACUCGGCGACGCGCCAGCAGCCACAGAGGCUGCCGAGGCAGGCUCUCCGGCUAGCCAGCAGGAGGCGGCUCUUGCCGGGGGCGCAGCAACCCCAUCCUCCCCGCAGCCCUUCGGCGGAGGCGCGGGGGAGGCUGCGGCGGACGAGCAACAGCACGCUCCGCCGCAGGCGGACGACCCCCUGUCCGGCCAGACGGUGGCGGCGAGCGCUUCGUCGUCGUCGGCCGCUACCUCCAGCACGAGCCUCAGCACCCUCGCCGGGGAGGAGGUGGAGCUCAACUCCGCCAAGGAUAGGAGGGCCCGACACGAGACCCAGCUGGCCACCGUCCGGGAAGAGCUCGUCAAGGCGGGCGAGGACAAUGCGGCCAAGGCCGCACAACUCUCAGCACAGGCGAGCUCCCUCCGCAAGGCCAAGCAUGCCCUUCACUUGGCCCGAACCAACCACGGCACGCUGAUCGGGCAGCGGGAGCUGGAGACCAGGAAGCUGCUUGGAAUCGCCCAAUCGCUGUGCGACGUCCUGUCGUGGUUCGAGCUGCGAGCCGCGCGGGUGGACGGGACGGACGUCACCACGUUGAUCCCGUUCUUCUCCGACCUGGUGGGGAAGCUUUCGGCGCUCGAUGUGUUGAUCGCCAAGUUCUGCACCAAGGAGAUCGCCAACUGCGCCUGGGAGUUCUCUGGUUCUGCUUAA